UUUUGUCAUUUACAUUUAUCAGAAGGAUGUCCUGGACUCAGCUAACUGUUUGGUCAUACUCAUGUUGGACAUUAACAUAUCACCGCCGUGUAACUCCCCUAUCUCCGAAUACUCCGUUAUAUAGUCAACACCAACCGUAAAAUCAUCCAUCACAACUCUUAGAAUACAAUAAAAGAAAAUGUCCUUCUCCACCUGCUGCCUCAAAACAUUCAAAUGGAACGGCACACCAACUGGCCAGAUUGGCACCCUCGCCAAUAACCAGGCCUACAUCGCCAGCCCUCCCACAACCAACCCUGCUUCUACCAAAUCCACAACUGCAAUCCUAAUCGUCCACGACCUGCUCGGCUGGACAUUCCCCAACGCCCGCCUCCUCGCAGACCACUACGCCGCCGAAGCAAACGCAACCGUCUACAUACCCGACUUCUUCGGCGGCGAGGUCCUCCCCUUCGAGCCCUUACUAGCCGGCCGGUUCCACGAGGUCGAUCUACCGGGCUUCAAGGAGAGGAAUGCACGGGAGGUCCGCGAGCCGGAGAUUUUCAAGUGCGCUGAGGCAUUGCGCGAGAAAUACGAUGUUGUUGUCGCCGUUGGGUUCUGUUAUGGCGGCUGGGCGGUUUUCAGACUUGGUGCGCAGGAUAUCAACCAGGAUGGAAGGGAAGAGAGGCAGAGACCGCUUGUCGAUGCCAUCACUGCUGCGCACCCGAGUCUUCUAACCAAGGAGGAUAUUGAUGGUGUUGCGGUGCCGGUGCAGAUUCUGGCGCCGGAGCUGGAUCCGAUCUUCACGCCGGAGUUGAAGGGGUAUACCUUUGAGUCGUUGCAGAGGAGAGGGGUGCCUUUUGACUGGCAGCAUUUUCCGGGCGUUGAGCAUGCUUGUAUGACGCGGGGGGAUGAGAGUAAGCCUGGGGAGAGGAGGGCGUUGGAGAGGGGGAAGAAUGCGGUUGUUGCGUGGGUGAAGCAGGUUGAGCAGGAUUAUCAGUAGGAAAGUCAUAUAAA